AUGACGGAUCGCAGGGGCGCAUUUUUCCGCUCGCGUGCCAAUGGUGACACUAGCAACGACGAGAGCUUCCUGGAUGAUUCUGACAAGGAACUGAAUCGAGUCACCAGGCACCCGGCGGCUGCUCGGUACACGGGGCAGAUGUUUGAGAAAGCAGAGCUGAGGCUCGAGAAUGGAGAGAGAGACAUCAUCUCUCACGGAUCCAAGCGGAUGAUGAGUGGCACCGAGGCACAUGAUUACAAGCUCUUUGAGAACGACGAUCCCCUUUGGCAGCUACUGUUCCCUGACAACGGAGAGCUUCUUGCGACGAUGUUUGAUGAAAUGCUGAUCCAGUCUGGUGAUGACAUUUUACUUGCCUAUAAGGUGGAUGUGUAUGGCACGGCCGGAUACCAGGAUCCGCAUGCUCAAGAAGAAGCCAGACCAAAGGGCAUGCAUGCUUUCAAGGUCGAGAACGUGUGUCAUGACCAGACGCGCAAGGUCAUGGUUGGCGCCAUUAAAUGGUGCGUGUUGGCAACUCUAGCAGUCAUUGUGACAGAUGGCACCGUCGUCGUAGGCCCGGACAACAAGUUCUUUUACCCCAAGGCGACGUCCCGUGUCUGA